AGCUGGAUGCUCAUUAACAGUCACGAUCGACGAUCGCUGUAAAGAGAAUUACGAUGAUUAUUUCCGUCGUGGCGUCACUACGUCCACUAGAAAACGUGUAGCGGACAAUAUUUAAAAGUUAUGGCCGUUUGAAACCGAAAUAAGCAGCUGUAGUCUUACACAAACCGAGCUAAACGUCUUAACGAGGCGGUGCGCGCUCCCGUGUGCGGAAAUCAAUUUCUGACAGACAGUCACUCUUUGGCACGACACCGGCACCGCUGCCUAAAUGCUUGUUCUGUGUGGACAUCACUUCACCUCCGACUGCUUUAAAAACGAGUGUAUAUUUAUUACUGGGCUUGAGGUUGAAGAAGGUCUCUGUUCCUACAAGACGUGAUCCACUUGCUGCUUCCCCAAACGCUGGCACAUCCCAGCUACCGAAAGGCAAGGAGGUUGCUUCUCAAACUGACUCCUCUGCAGGCUGUGGACACAUGGCUACCUUGUAGAAGCGUUGUUGCUCACCUCAGGAGCAAAGCUUAUGUGGAAAAGCUGAUGGAGACCAUCUUCAAAAAAGUCCUGCUGGACCCAGGUCGAGCAGAAUUUGAGCAGCCUGACAUAAAGGAGGUCAUUAAUGCCAUGCCAAGGUUUAACAAACCAGCACUAUAAAAGCUAAGUUGAAAACAUGUUUGCUCCAAACACACGUACAACUGAUCUAACUACCUCUAUAUAUUGUUUACAUUUGUGAAGGUUGUGAGAUACAUGAAAUACUGGAAAUUUCAUUAAUCUACUAUUUUAUUCUCUAUACCUUCUAGAGUGGUGUCAAGAAAAACAGCUGCAUCCUCCAUCUGUACAGCAGCUGCACUGCUUCAGAUGUCUUCCAAAACGUGAUGAAGACAAAAAAGAUCCUCACAUUUCAACUUUUAUUGAGGUAUUGCCACAAAAACAAUAAUUUAGGUAUUUCACAGGUGGUCCAGGUCGAGACCAGGGAAGAUGGGAUCACUAACAAGACUUCUCUAGGCUACAGUAGAUACCUGCAAUGACUUGAGAUACACACAGACAUAGUAUUGUCAAAUUGAUGAAGAAAAAAACAAUAACUACAUUUCUAUUAGUUAUAUAUUAGCACUUUAUAUAUUAUGCACCUUACUACAGUAAAAGCAAUUAAAAAUAUAUUAGGUCAGUAUGUAUUUCAAACCAAAACUAUGUUUGUAAACCAGAGUUCCCAGGUAGGUUAUGAUUAAUCUGUAAAUAGUAAAAUGUUCUAAAAUUGUUUAUGAAUUUUUGAGAUACUUAUUUAUUCCAUGCAUGUGUAAUUGGCUGAUAUACUGUAUAUUAAAUGUGUUCUGUAAUGAAUACACAUUCAAUCAUACUGGCUCCAGUCCUGAAUCAUCAACCAUACGUGACAGUAGGUUAGUCAACUGGUUCAGGCGUCUUAAGGUAAGAUUUAUUGAAAUUUAAAUUUUAAAUACAAUGUCACUUUAAUAAAAGUAUUAAACACAUGCAAUAUCUUGACAGCAACAGUUGCUGUCACACCAUGCCUCUGUAGGCAUUCACUGUUCCCACAUUAGCAGUUGUUACAGACAAAUACGGCAAAAUAUAAGCUGCAGCUGAAAAUCCCAUUAUGGAGAAAUUAUUUUGACACAGCAGCAGCACAAGAAAGAAAAAACAUGUAAAAAUUAGUUUAUAUUAGUUUGUCGAGCUAUGCUUCCAAACAGGCUGUAGUUGUGUUAUGAAUAUUCUGUUAAUUAAUACAGGCCGCUUAUUGGCAACCAUUAGUAUUAGCAGCUAAUCAAGUUGCGUAUUAUAUAAAUCAAUUAAUUAAAUUAAAUGUGAAAUUGCCAGUUAGACUUACAUCGCGCCAUUCAAAGUGUAACCACUUGAACUUUAUGAGAUAGACCUUUAUUAGUCCCACAGCGGGGAAAUUCCAUCAGCAGCCAGCUUGACCGGCGCUAGUCCGACAGUGGAAGCAAGUUGCAGUACAAAACAAUACAAAGCCAAAAACACAUGCACAUACAGUGGCACACAGUACAAGUGGAAACCUUGCUGGAAUCUUUUCUUGGGUACAUCAGGAAACAUAGAUAAGGUCGGAGAGCAGACAGUGAGACUGUAAGGUGGUGGGGGGUGUAUCUGCAUCAGUGUAGUGAAGUGUUGUUUAUAGUAUAAGUAUGACCGAGGCCGACCAAGAUGUUUACAUGCUAGUCCACCAGUUGUCCUUGAAGGAAGCCACAACAAGGGAAAGAGAAUAGACAGAGGCACAGCUGGUGAGCUAGAUUGGACCCGGGAAGGGAGGGGUGAGGGAGAAGAGACAGAAGAAUACACAGCCAAUUCUAAUACAUUUUAACAAUCCACGACUAAUUUGUCAAGAUCAAUACUCCAAUAGGUCAGAACUCAGGGCUUCAUCGCCUCUUGUGGGACUAUGGGUCACCCGUGACAUCCCCUCACGCCUGUCAGACAAGGCUGUCACCAUAUUCACCAAGUGUUCAGUCUGUCUGCAGAUGUUAUCCCUCAGUCUCUUGUCUUCCUCCGAACGGGCUGAAAUCUUAUUAGUCAGUCCUGCAAUCCGGGCAUCUGAACGGGCUGAGAUGUUACUAAUCAGUCUCUCCAUCCAUAUGCAUAUCAUUCAAACGAGCUGAGAUGUUAGUUGUCAGUCCAUCAAUCAGGGCCAUCCUCGGGUGUAAUUCCGUCAGCCGAGUAACCAUGGCCCCCAUCGCCGUUUGCAGCUCCAUGGCCGGUGGACACGCCAAUAAGCCGGCUGCAGAUUUUCCAAUCGUUCCAAUCUUCCGAUAAACCAGGGCACCACCAAAGCCAAUCAUAAGUAGCCCUGUUAUCACAGUCCAAAAAACGAAUAGAUCCUCUGCAUCCUUGAUAGACAGAGGCUCCAGACACAUGAGGCACCAGGAGAUUCUUUUCUUUGUGAGAACAUUUUGUCCAAUGCGCUGAGUGACCGGUUGAUUAGCUCCAUGUUCAAACAUGUUAUUCCAGAAUAGCAGAUCAGGGUGCUCAUAAAAGACAGGACAAGGACUUAUACUAUACUAUAAGUAUUAUAGUAUAAGUAUUCAUAGUGUACUAUUAAUUCCUUUAAUAUUGAACACUUUGGAGUUUCAUAAUUUUGAUCCCCACCACCACAGCUUCUAGCUCUGUGGGUACAUGCUUUCUGCUGAUGAAUAUAUAUCAUAUGUUGGAAGUUACAUGUUCUUUCUUUAUUAUAUUUUACAGACAAAAUAAUAAAUUGACUGAUUAAUAGUGAGAAGUGUGUGGAUGCGUGAGAAAGUGAGAGUAAUAAUAGGAUAUAGUCGAAAUAGGAGGAGGGAUGAUCUGAUUAGCAGAAUUCGGUCCAGUCACACUGGUCUAAACAGCACAAAGCCGUACGAUACAGGACAGUGUGAAUGUGGGGAAGAACAAACAAUAGAGGAUGUCGUAGUGUCUUUCCACUAUAUAAAGUACACAGGGAGAUGAUGAUAGAACAUCUGACUAGAUGUAUGAAAAGAAAACAAAGCUGGAUUUGAGGAUAGUAUUGAAUAUGAAAGUAAGAAACAUGAAGUAUAGAACCAUAUUUAGGUUUUUGGAGGAUACAGGGGUGGAUAAAAGAAUUAUGGAACAUUAAACCACAAAAUUUAAUCUAAUUUCUUUUAGGUUAAGAGGGAGGGUAAGAUAUAGAGUGAUUUUAAACUACAAAAGGUGGCGGUAAUGCAGUGGUAAGGUCUGCAAACAUCCAUAAAAAGGCAACCAGAAGAAGACGAAGUGCGUCGCGUUAUGUUGACGUCACACGCUAAGCGACAACAUACUGUACCGUCCACGUUGCCUUGACUGGUGUGUACUCAAGCUUCUGGUUCUGUUUGUGUGGAAGUAAUGGAGAAAAAAGGCCCAGACUCGUGCGGAAAGAAGCCGAAACCCGCGAAGAUGGAAGACGACCCCGUCAAAAACUUCGAAAAAUGGAAGAAAAAAUACAGCAAGACGAAAGCGCGAGUGAAACGUAAGAGAGGGGAAAAGCAGCCCGAAUGGCAAACUGAACGAGAGUACAUCGACAGGCUUGUAAGCGGGUACGGUGAUAUCAACAGCAAAGAGGUUGUCAAGUUUUCAGACUUCCCCAUUUCAAAGAAAACCUUGCUCGGUCUGCAGAAGGCCCAGUACAGACAGCCCACAGAGAUCCAGAGACAGACGAUCGGCCUAGCUUUGCAAGGCAAAGAUAUUCUCGGCGCAGCUAAGACAGGCUCUGGGAAGACUUUAGCCUUCCUCAUACCGGUGUUGGAGUGUCUGUACCGCCAACAGUGGACUUCUAUGGACGGCCUUGGUGCACUCAUCAUAUCCCCAACCAGAGAACUUGCCUACCAGACCUUCGAAGUCCUGCGCAAGGUCGGUAAGAAUCACGAGUUCUCUGCGGGUCUUGUUAUUGGUGGAAAGGACCUGAAGAGUGAGUCGGAGAGGAUCCCCCGCACCAAUAUAGUGAUCUGUACCCCUGGCCGGCUGCUGCAGCACAUGGACGAGACCGCCGCCUUCCACGCCUCAGACCUUCAUAUGCUAGUCCUGGAUGAGGCGGAUCGCAUUUUGGACAUGGGCUUUGCGGAUACUCUUAACGCCAUUGUGGAAAACCUUCCCAAGACAAGACAGACAUUGUUGUUUUCAGCCACGCAGACCAAAUCUGUCAAAGACUUAGCUCGGCUGAGCCUCAAAGACCCAGAGUAUGUGUGGGUGCAUGAGAAAGCCAAGUUCAGCACUCCAGCCACGUUGGAGCAGAGCUACGUGGUGUGUGAGCUUCAGCAGAAAGUCAAUAUGCUCUACUCCUUCAUCAGGAGCCAUCUAAAGAAGAAGACCAUAGUCUUCUUCGCCUGCUGCAAGGAGGUGCAGUACCUGUUUCGGGCCUUUUGUCGCCUCAGACCUGGCCUGCCUGUCCUGGCUUUGCAUGGCAAGCAGCAGCAGAUGAAGAGGGUGGAAGUUUACAACGACUUCCUAAGAAAGCAAAAUGCUGUGCUGUUUUCCACGGACAUUGCUGCCAGAGGACUGGACUUCCCCGCUGUCAACUGGGUGUUACAGUUCGACUGCCCCGAGGAUGCAGACACCUACAUCCACAGGGUGGGGCGUACCGCAAGAUACAAGGAAGGUGGAGAAGCCCUCCUGCUCCUGCUUCCCUCAGAGGAGAAGGGAAUGAUCAGGCAGCUGCAGGAGAAGAAGGUUCCCAUCAAUAAGAUUCAGGUGAACUCUGAUAAGCUGCAGAAUGUGCAGCAGAAGCUGGAGGCCUUUCUGGCCCAAGAGAAGGAACAGAAGGAGCGAGCCCAGAGGUGCUUUGUCUCCUACUUGCGCUCCGUCUACCUGAUGAAGAACAAAGAGGUAUUUGACGUGUUUAAGCUGCAGAUUCAGGAAUACGCCGUCUCUUUGGGUCUUGCUUUGGCUCCAAGGGUGCGCUUUUUAAGCAAAGCACAGGCACAGAGGGCAGAGAGCCACAGCCUGAGAGAGGAAGAGCAGUCUGAAGAAGAGGAAGAACUGAAGAGCUUUAAGGCCCAGCUAAAAGGAAAUGCUCCUCAAAAGGAUGCUCAAAGCGCUGAGUCAGAAGAUUCGGAGGAAAAAAGGCAUCAGUUCAAGACACAGCUACAGUGUGCGCUUGAUAGUGAAAAUGAUGAUCUGAUUGACUUGGACCUCUUGACGGUCAAAAGAAAAGAUGUCUUUAAUCUGACAAGGGACCAGGAGAUUACGAAGAAGCUCGCCAAGGAUUCCAAAAAGAAAACCAUAAAAGACACAAAGCUUAAAGAGGCCAAAAGGAUUCUAAAGAGAAACUUCCGGGUCAACACCAAAGUGUCUUUCAAUGAUGAGGGAGAGGCUGUGCAGCUGUGGCCACCAGUCCAGCGGCUAAUUGCAGAUGAGGAGGAGGAGGAGUUAAACGGCAUUAGUGUGGAGAAGAACAGAGAGAAGCUAAAACGUGAGGAUGUGUUUGACAAGCAGGAGUAUAGGCGCAAAGUUCAUGAGAAGCACAGAGAGCAGAGGCUCAAAGCCAAAGCAGCCAGGAGGGAGGCUAAGGGCAGGAUGCAGCACGAGCAGAGUUCUGAUGAGGAGGAUGAGGUUGUAGCUUACUUGGCCAAUCACAGCGAGGAUGAGUUCGACCCAAGCACCCUGCCAGACCCGGAUAAGCUGUCCUCCCCAGAGAAGGUUGACAAACAGAUGGGGUCAGGUAAAAGGAAGCAAACAUCCAAUGAUGAGGAAGAGGAGAAGCUCCCAGUGGGCAAGAGGAAAAAGUCCAAACAGCAGAACGAUGAAGAGCCCACACCUUUGGACACGGGUCUGUCUCUGGCAGAGGAUGAGGAAUUGGUGCUGCAGCUUCUUGGAGGACGAAGUUAGAAAUGACAUUAAAUAUACAUGAAAACAUAAUUGAAUAUUCUGUGGUAUUGAUGGCAAAUGUUUAGUGUGAUACUGCCCCCAAGUGGCCAAAAAAAACCUAAAUAAAAAAAGGCUGACGUGUUAAGUUAUCAUUGUUACUUUUGAAUGAUGAAAUGCAAUUCCUGAGUAGGAGAGACAGAAAAGUCUGUGUUAGAAAGACGAAUACGUUUAAUGAUAAUGGAUGGACCAAAAUGGUUUGAUGACCCACAGCAUUCAAAAAUACAACUAUGUGAAAAAACAGCAAAUCCAACAUGUACAUUAAUUAAUUAAUUUAAUUUUUUUUAUAAAAAGAGGAUUAAAAACUACCCCCUACAGGAAGAAACCUCUACUAACUGAUUGAUCAGGUAGAGAAAAAAGAGGCAAGAGAAACAAAACAAGCCAAAUUAACAACAGAACACAGGCAGGUCUUUGGGCCCACAAUGCACAAUGGAAGCACGCAGUCCAUUCAUAUCUGUAAAAACAGGGAGAAGCAUAACUGCUGCAGAGAAGACACACUGCAUGAAUGUGGAGAAAACAAAAAGGUGAGAAAUAUUAAAGACUUUAGUGUGUAAAGGACAUCCACCAUUUGAAUCUAUAGCAGCAGACACAGAGGAGCUUGGUAGCUAAAGGCUCUGCCUCCCGUUCUACAUGUAGAACCACCAGUAGGCCAGCUAUAAGAGAGAAGUGUGAGUAGCUAUGAGGUCUGGAAAACGAGAUGGAGCUGAUCAUUAAGCACAUUGAAGUGAGGAGACGUUUACAGGACAGAGAAGCUGAUGUAGGAGAAAUGUGAUCUCUCUUCCUAAGUCCAGUCAGAGUGGCUGAGUCGCUGGACAAACUAAGUAAGGAGUUACAGUGGUCUAGCCAGGAGAGAACUGAAGAUGGAGUCAUGGUUCAGCAUCACUCUGACGAAGGAGGCUUCUGGUCUUAGUGAUAUUCCUCAGAUGGCGGUAGGUGGUAUGGUAUAUUAUGGUAUUUAUAUUAAGCAACAGGGGUUGCAAGCCAGUGACUUCUGUGCUGGUCCCAAGCCCAUAUAAAUAGAGAGGGUUGUAUCAGGAAGAACAUCCAGCAUAAAACUUGACAAAAUGACCAUGCAAAUCAUCCAGAUCAGUCGCGGCCUGGGUUAAUGACUGCCACCGAUGCUGUUAACCUACAGGCUGACGGUGGAAAUUGGACUACUGCUGGUGGAAGAAGGAGAGGAGGCAGAAUGAUUUGUGGUCAGAGAGAAGAGAAAAGGCAGGAGCAAAGAUUUGUGAAUAGGAACUCUUGUUGGCAGAAUGACAGGGAAACGCAGAGAGCUGGCACACGUGAUGGAAAGUAGUUAGGUAGAUGUACUGUGUGUGCAGGAGACGAGGGGAAGCGCAGCAAAGCACAUACUGUAGUUUUGGAGGAGGAUACAAACUGUUCUACCAUGUUGUGGAUAGGAAGAGAAACGGGGUGGGAGUGGUCUUGAAGGGGGAGUUUUAGAGGUGAAAAGAGUCUCAAACAGGGUGAUGAGUUUAAAGCUAGAAAUCAAAGAGGUUAUGGUGAAUGUAGUCAGUGGGUGUGCUGCACAAGUUGGCUGUGUUUUUGAAGAGAAGGAGAGAUUCUUGAGUGAAUUUGAUGAGGUCAUGGAGAGUAUCCCCAUAGGAGAGAGGAUAGUGGUUGGAGCAGACUUCAAUGGACAUGUUGGUGAGGGGAACAGAGAUGAGGAGGAGGUGAUGGGCCGGUUUGGUGUAAAGGAAGGGAAUCUAGAAGGACAGAUGGUGGUGGACUUUGCUGGAAAUGGCUGUAAUCAACACUUACUUUCAGUAGAGAGAGGAACACAGAGUGACUGUGGUGGAAAUUUUAUAUUAUUCCUUAAUGCUGAUCAUUUUCAUUAUUAAUGCCUUAAUAAUCAUCUGAUUGUUUCUGAUUCAUGUUCAUAUUCUUAAGUGUCGAUCAUACACAUCCUUCAACAUUCAAUGCAUUGUUCAAGUAUAUUGCUGCAGACCUCUGAGCAAGUGGGGUCCUCAGUUAUCUUUGAGCAGGAAGCCUAGUUCUGAUUUGAUCACUCUGAGACAGUGUCUGACUUGAUGACCCUGCGAUGUAGUGUUUGACUUAGACAAGGAACAGAAUGCUCCUUGAGUGAGGCCUUCCUCUUUUCUCAUCUUUACUCAUGUAGACUUGGCAAAUUGUCCUGAAGUUUGAGCUCAUGUGUGGAGGUUUUGUGUUAUCUGUAGGCUUUAAAAAUCGGGACAGGAGGAGAAGUUGUCAGAGAACCUUGGUGGGCACCUUGUGUGAGCAUGAACUUGUUCUCUCCACCCGGGUGCUUUUCUUUUCCUUUCUUUUUUUAAUUUUUCCUAUAUGCAUAUGCAGAAAUAAAUUCACAAAGACAACUUUA